CGCGGAGCCGGGACGCCGGGGGCGGAGAGAGGCGGCCGGGGCGGCGCUGGCUGCGGAGGCCGCGGCGGGAGCGCGGCGCGGGAGCUCGAGGCUGAGACUCACCGGAGGGAGCGGCGCGAGCGCCCCGCCAUCGUCCCGUGUUGGCGAUCUACACACUUGAAAGCUGAGUGUGGUAGAAGUGGGGAUAUACUCCCGGAAUUCAACACUCUGGAGGCAGCAGGAUUGACUUUACAAGGUCAAGGCCACCUUUAGUUCCAGGCAUCCAGGAUACCGUCUAUCAGAUAUAUAAUGGUACAGGUUUCCCGUUCCAUGUUGACUCAGAAGGGUUCAUUGUGAACCCAUUGUAAAGCCCAGUCUCAAGUUUUCAGAGUGGCUUUGCUCUUACUGUGCUUUCAUUCGCAGCUGUUAUAGUUUUGCCGCUGGACUCUUCCCUCCCUUCCCCCACCCCAUCAGGAUGAUAUGAGACUUGAAAGAAGACGAUGCAUACAGGAGGAGAGACUUCAGCAUGCAAACCUUCAUCUGUCCGGCUCGCACCGUCAUUCUCAUUCCAUGCUGCUGGCCUUCAGAUGGCUGCACAGAUGCCCCAUUCACAUCAGUACAGUGACCGUCGCCAGCCAAACAUAAGUGACCAGCAGGUUUCUGCCUUAUCAUAUUCUGACCAGAUUCAGCAACCUCUAACUAACCAGGUGAUGCCUGACAUUGUCAUGUUACAGAGGCGGAUGCCCCAAACCUUCCGUGAUCCAGCAACUGCUCCUCUGAGAAAACUCUCUGUGGACUUGAUCAAAACAUACAAGCAUAUUAAUGAGGUUUACUAUGCAAAAAAGAAGCGAAGACACCAACAGGGCCAGGGGGACGAUUCUAGUCAUAAGAAGGAGCGGAAGGUUUACAACGAUGGUUACGAUGACGAUAACUAUGAUUACAUUGUAAAAAACGGAGAAAAGUGGAUGGACCGUUAUGAAAUCGACUCCUUAAUAGGCAAAGGUUCAUUUGGACAGGUUGUGAAAGCAUAUGACAGAGUGGAACAAGAAUGGGUCGCCAUUAAAAUCAUCAAGAACAAGAAGGCGUUUCUGAAUCAAGCGCAGAUAGAAGUGCGGCUGCUUGAGCUCAUGAACAAACAUGACACUGAGAUGAAGUACUACAUAGUGCAUUUGAAACGCCACUUUAUGUUUCGGAACCAUCUCUGUCUAGUGUUUGAAAUGCUGUCCUAUAAUCUCUAUGAUUUGUUGAGGAACACCAACUUCCGAGGGGUCUCUUUGAACCUGACACGAAAGUUUGCACAACAGAUGUGCACAGCAUUGCUUUUCCUUGCGACUCCAGAACUUAGUAUCAUUCACUGUGACUUAAAGCCGGAGAACAUCCUUCUGUGUAACCCCAAACGAAGUGCAAUCAAGAUUGUUGACUUUGGCAGCUCUUGUCAGUUGGGGCAGAGGAUAUACCAGUAUAUUCAGAGUCGCUUCUAUCGGUCUCCAGAGGUGCUACUGGGAAUGCCUUAUGACCUUGCUAUCGACAUGUGGUCCCUUGGAUGUAUCUUGGUUGAAAUGCACACUGGAGAGCCUCUGUUCAGUGGUGCCAAUGAGGUGGAUCAGAUGAAUAAAAUAGUGGAAGUCUUGGGCAUCCCACCUGCUCAUAUUCUUGACCAAGCACCGAAAGCAAGAAAGUUCUUUGAGAAGUUGCCUGAUGGCACUUGGAGCUUAAAGAAGACCAAAGAUGGAAAACGGGAGUACAAACCACCAGGAACCCGUAAACUUCAUAAUAUUCUUGGAGUGGAAACAGGAGGACCUGGCGGGCGGCGUGCUGGGGAGUCAGGUCACACUGUAGCUGACUACUUGAAGUUCAAAGACCUCAUUUUAAGGAUGCUUGAUUAUGACCCCAAAACUCGGAUUCAACCUUAUUAUGCCCUGCAGCACAGUUUUUUCAAGAAAACAGCUGAUGAAGGUACAAACACAAGCAACAGUGUGUCCACCAGCCCUGCCAUGGAGCAGUCCCAGUCUUCAGGCACCACCUCCAGCACCUCCUCCAGCUCAGGUGGAUCCUCGGGAACGAGCAACAGUGGGAGAGCCAGGUCGGAUCCGACGCACCAGCAUCGGCACAGUGGCGGGCACUUCGCUGCUGCUGUCCAGGCCAUGGACUGUGAGACACAUAGUCCCCAGGUGCGCCAGCAGUUUCCGGCUCCUCUGGGCUGGUCAGGCACUGAAGCUCCUACACAAGUCACUGUUGAAACUCAUCCUGUUCAAGAAACAACCUUUCAUGUAGCCCCUCAGCAGAAUGCAUUGCAUCAUCACCAUGGAAACAGUUCCCAUCAUCACCACCACCACCAUCACCACCACCACCACCAUGGACAGCAAGCCUUGGGUAACCGGACCAGGCCAAGGGUCUACAAUUCUCCAACAAAUAGCUCCUCUACCCAGGAUUCUAUGGAGGUUGGCCACAGUCACCACUCCAUGACAUCCCUGUCUUCCUCAACAACUUCUUCCUCGACAUCUUCCUCCUCUACUGGUAAUCAAGGCAAUCAGGCCUAUCAGAACCGCCCAGUGGCUGCUAACACCUUGGACUUUGGACAGAAUGGAGCUAUGGACGUUAAUUUGACCGUCUACUCCAAUCCCCGCCAAGAGACUGGCAUAGCUGGACAUCCAACAUACCAAUUUUCUGCUAAUACAGGUCCUGCACAUUACAUGACUGAAGGACAUCUGACGAUGAGGCAAGGGGCUGAUAGAGAAGAGUCUCCCAUGACAGGAGUUUGUGUGCAACAGAGUCCUGUAGCUAGCUCGUGACUACAUUGAAACUUGAGUUUGUUUCUUGUGUGUUUUUAUAGAAGUGGUGUUUUUUUCCCAAAAACAAAAGUGCAAAGCUGCUUGAAUCAGAAGGAGAUUAACACACUGAACCGCUACGAGAGGGCAAAGCUGACUUUUUUUUUUAACUUGAAAAGAUUGCAAAGGGACAAUGAAGUUUUUAAGAGCCAUGUCCACCCAUCUUCAUGGAGCGCUCAGAGUGUCCUCUUUCUGCCUCCCCCAUUUAACUUCCAUCUCCCGGUCACAGUGGGUUUUGUCUUUCUAUCCAACAAAAGUUAAUGUUCAGCUGUUGGUCUUGGUCAUUUGCCAACUAAUUUUAAAAUAAAAAGGCACUGCACAUAAUUUGCAUAAAGGGCCCCAUAGGGUGUUUUGGUUUUUUCAUUUUUAUUUUUUCCCCUUCUCCCCUGUUUUCUUUUGUUUCGUUUUGGGUUGGGGGUGGGGUGGGAGAUUUGGGUUUUUAUGUCCUCUACACACUUGGGCACGGAAAUGCAGUACUGUAAGGAAGAGGGACCUCCAGCACACACAAACAUCAUCUUCAGCUGUGUGAAAGGGACGAUUGUGUUGGCGUUUGUAAGGCACACUAAGCAUGCUAAGUGGCGGGAUCAGGACUCUCCUGUCUGAACAUACUGAGGAGCAAAGCAGCCAUUGCGUGGGAUCCUGUGGUCUCCUGUCGGAGAGGCCACAGGACGACGGGAUGGAGCGUGACUGCUCGCCUUACCAAGGCGCACUGAGAAGCAAUCAGCGGGUCGGUCGCUUGUGGCCAGUCCUGGGGAGGUCUGAGUGGUGGUCCUUGGGAUAACCUUUGGCCUUAUGGAUUUGGACUCGGAGUUAGAAGAGCCCACCAUUUCAGAUGCAAUCACUUGUGGACAUGCGUUUGCAGACAGUCCUUAAUGCUGAAAACACAGAGAAUGGGUAAUUCAAGAGGCCUUUCUUUUAAAAUAGACUUUUGUGACCCACUAAUUGUAAGGUAUUGCCAGGUCACUUUGCGUGUGUCAUAAAGCUGACUCCCUUCUUGGUUGAAGGCCACAGAGGUAGUGGUUUGCUUUGACGGAAAUAGCUACAGCUGUGUCCCUUCCUGCUUUUACCUUUUCUUUGGCUUUUUCUCGGCACGUGGUGUCUCCACCAUUUCUUCUGCACAAAGACGUCUUCUGUUCAUCCUGAACAUUUUAAAAUGCAGAAUUUUAUGUGACUGCUUUUUUGCCUCACAAUUAUGCUGUGAAUUUUACAAAAAUUUAUUUUCUUUUUUGAUAAUUUAUUGUACCAAAGCUGUUUUUAUAGCACAUAGAUGUCUGUAACCAAUAAUGUAGCCGUUCUGCACUUUGACACAAGGUGUACCUAGACCAUUUUUAAAUGUCAGUUGAAAAUUAUGGCUGUACUAUUGCUUAAACAAAACUGGAACUGUUGUUGACUCCAUAGCCAAUCCACUUACAGCACUCUGUGUACUGGACAGAAUAGAUUGACAUCUAAUUCAAGAUUACACCACCUGUCUGUCACAUUCUGAAUGUGCUCAGGCUUCUGAAGGGAAAGGGAUGCUGGACCCAGAGGCUGUGGAGCCAGCAGUUGGUCUUGUUUCCUGAUUAACUUCCUUGUAAACUUGAACUUGAGACCUUGACUGACCCGGCAGGUCCCCAGUAGGAACAGGAGGAAGGCAGAGCUCUAAUGUGACCUGAAGUGAGCAGGCGGCACGAAGAGGCACCGUGUCUGGAGACUACUGCCUUCCUGUAACAGUCUGGCAGUGGCUAAAUCUGUAUUCACAUUUAAAUUGAGCAAUUUUAGGGUGUGAUACUCUGAGGCGGUUGAAUUGGGAGAAUGAAGAUAGAGUAAUUUCCCUGUCCAGGAUCAAAAGAAGCCUAGAGAGAAGCAGUAAUCUACCUCUGCCGAUAACCUGUUGGAAGCAACUCAGCAGAACGCCACGUUACUUUUUAUUGGUUAACUCCAUGUGGCUCACUAGGUCACUUUUUUUUUUCCCUGAGCAAAAGGAGGUUUUUUUUUUUAAUGUAAACUUUGACAACAGAAAGGCCCAAGCUCUGUGAGUGCAGUGGAGACUCGGAGAGCCCCGUUUCUAUAAACACAGACACUUGGGGUGUUAAUCAGGAAAUCCAUAUUUAUUUUGUAAUUAAAUGUCACGCCUGUGGAUUGUUUUGAACUUGGUAGUUCCUGAGAGUUUGCGUACAGAGGCCUCUUGAGCACAGCACUGUUGGGAGGGAUCAGCGUCUGCGGCUGCGGAGCCCAGGCCACACCACGUGGCUCAGGUCAUUCUUUUUUCUUUCUGUGCUGGUUGCCACAUUUUAGCAAGCACCAAAAAAGAAAGCAGUUUUUAAACCGAUAUUUACAUAAAGAAAACCACAGAAUCCAGUGCUUCUGCAUACUGUGUUAUGUUGCAGUCCAGUUUUGUGUGCUUUACUACACAGUUUGGUUACAGGACUUCUGUGCAUUGUAAACAUGAGCAGCAUGGAGAGGCUAAAUGCCUGUGUUCAGAUUGUAAGAUCUAGUCCGGACUUGCUGUGUAUAUUGUAACGUUAAAUGAAAAAAGACCCCCUUUGUAUUAUAGUCAUGCGGUCUUAUGUAUGAUAAACAGUUGAAUAAUU